UGAAAAUUAAGAAUUUGUAGGGAUUUUCUUUUAAUUAACGUACUGAGGAUUCGAUUGUACUGCACUUUUGCUCUCAUCGUAAUGCUUCUCCUAUUGGGAAGUAUCCCAAAGAAAUAUACGUUACAAAAUGGAGAGGUCGAGAAGGUAAAUCCAUUAUAAGCGAAGUUCAUCUAUAUAUUUCUGCUCUGUUUGAAUUAAUUAUUUCACCGGCGAAGAAAAGUUUUUUGUUGUUGUCCAGUAAUAGGAAAAGUACUCACUUUGUUGGUUAAGAUGCUUCUGUUGUUGGUUGUUCCCCCCAAAUUCGAAAUAAGUACCUAUAAAUUAUCGUCAACGAUCCAUUCUCUUUGAGUUGGCUUCAGAUUCCACGAAUCGAACGCUCCAAUCACUGCUCAAGCACAAUGGAAAUUAUUUUUUUAAUCUUAAUUAUAGCGUUUUUAGAUAUCGUUAGAACUGAUUCCGUUUCUUCACAUCAACGAGAAGAUGAUGACGAUGAUUUAAAUACAUAUCACAGCACUGUCCGCGCUAUCGGCUGUCUUGAAACUUCCAAUCUCGACAAAGUUGACCUUAAAGAGGUUGCACAUAGGUCAGCCAAACAAGCCCAUACAGCCGUGGCUAGUCAAGAAGCUGCUGCUCAUCAAGCAUCCUACUUGGCCAAAAUUACCUUAGCUCGAUUAGCAGCUCAAGCAGCAAUAGCAGCACAAACAGCCUUACUAGCAAAGCAAGCUCUACUCGUAUUUUUGGAGGAACAGCGAACAGAAGCAUCUACCUCCUUUCAAACCGAACUAGCUCAACUGAAAGUAGCAGAAGCUGCAGUGGAAGCUGCUAGCAAAACACAACGCAAGGCUCACAAACUUGCUACCAUUUUGACCAAUAUUUUGAAGAAUACUGAGGAUUUAGCAGAACAAGCUGUUCAGAUGUCUCAAUAUGCCGAAGAAGAACUUGAAUCACAAACAAAAAUGGUUGAUAAAGCUAAAGAACAAUUCGAAGCUAUUGAAAGCAAAGUAAUCAUGACACAAAUUGAAUUUUCUAAAACAAAGGAAGCAACUGAAACGGCUUCUGAAGAUGCCCAAAUAGCACAAAUUAAUGCAGCAAAGGCAGGGGAACAUACUAAAUAAAGUGUUAGCUACAAUAAAGAUGCUGAUGAAUUGACCGAUUUCGCAUGAAAUUGUAUAUAUAUGUGACUGAUUAUGAUAUUUUUAAUAUACAUAAUUGCAUUAGCUUAAGUAUAUAGAAACUAACAAUAAUAUUAUAUUAAGUAGUGUCUAUCAUAAAAGUACUGUACUCAUUAAAAAAAGCUCUUUCAAUUAU